GCGUCACCCUAUGGGCGGGCUAGAUCUGCGAUGGCAACCAAUGGGAGCGCCACAUCCGCGUUCGCCCCGCCUAGAAGGAGGGGCCGAACCCUCCUUUCUGCCUUCGUCGUCGUCUGUGUGGACUGUGCUUGGGCGCUGUGUUCCUCCAUCCAUGCAGGGCAACACGAGGAGAACGGGCGUCAUGACUGAUGUCCACCGGCGAUUCCUGCAGCUGCUGAUGACUCACGGCGUGCUGGAAGAGUGCGACGUCAAGCGCUUGCAGAAGCACUGCUAUAAGGUCCAUGACUGUAACGCUACCGUAGAGAAGUUGGAGGACUUCAUCAACACAAUUAACAGUGUCUUGGAGUCCUUGUACAUAGAGAUAAAGAAAGGUGUCACUGAAGAUGACGGGAGACCUAUUUACGCGCUGGUGAAUCUUGCAACGACUUCAGUUUCCAAAAUGGCAUCAGAUUUUGCAGAGAAUGAGCUGGAUCUCUUUAGAAAGGCUUUGGAGCUGAUUAUUGACUCAGACACUGGCUUUGCGUCUUCCACAAAUAUUUUGAACCUGGUUGAUCAGCUUAAAGGCAAGAAGAUGAGGAAGAAGGAAGCUGAGCAUGUGCUGCAGAAGUUCGUACAAAACAAGUGGCUGAUUGAGAAGGAAGGGGAGUUCACCCUGCAUGGCCGGGCCAUCCUGGAGAUGGAUCAGUACAUCCGGGAGACAUACCCCGACGCCGUGAAGGUCUGCAACAUCUGCCGCAGCCUGCUCAUCCAGGGUCAAAGCUGCGAGACGUGUGGAAUCAGGAUGCACUUACCUUGUGUGGCCAAGUACUUCCAGUCCAGCUCGGAGCCACACUGCCCCCACUGUAACGACUACUGGCCCCACGAAGUGCCAGAAGUCUUCGACCCCGAAAAGGAGAGGGAGGCCGGUAUGUCCAGAUCAAACAAAAGGCCCUUGCGGUCCCGGCAGCACUAGCCAGGCUGCCGUCUUCGGGGGAGUGACCACCUGCCCCAUUUGGAAGAGAGGCAUCAGUUUCACGGUUCACGUGGAUCACCUUUUUAUCUUUUACGUUUGCUUGUUAACAGGUUUGGAAUAAACUUGCUCAGCAGCC